CACCUAUUUGCAUAUCGGUCAGCCAUUUUUAUGCGAUCUGCAGAACUUCGACUUGAUUUUUACGGGCGGUAUUUUGAAUAUAGGAAUUCAAAAAAUGGAUGAGAAGGAAGAAUUAACAUAUCUAGCUAAACUUUCCGAACAAUCUGAAAGAUAUGAAGCAAUGGUUUCUUAUAUGAAGGAACUGGUGGAAUUAAAUAAGAAACUGACUGAAGAGGAACGAAACCUUCUAUCUGUAGCUUACAAGAAUGUGAUUGGAGCUAAGCGCUCGGCAUGGCGAAUUAUAAGUAGCAUAGGAAUGAAGGCCGACGACGAAUCAAAAGUUGAAGUUACAAAAAAUUACCUUAAGCAGAUUGAGAAGGAGUUACAUGAAACAUGUUCUGAAGUUCUGGAUUUGCUUGACAAGUAUCUCAUUCCAUCUGUUGAAGAAAGCGAAAAUGAAUCUGCCGUAUUUUAUUUGAAAAUGAAAGGUGAUUAUCUCCGAUACCUAGCUGAGUUUAAACCGGUCGACAGCAGAAGCGAAUACACAGAAAAGAGUUUGCUGGCUUACAAAGCAGCGAUGGAUAAGGCAGAUGAGACUGAGGGGCGACUGUCAUCCGCUCAUCCCAUCCGUCUAGGUCUGGCGUUGAAUUUCUCGGUGUUCUAUUAUGAAAUACUGAACAAGCCUGACAGAGCAUGUAACCUGGCUAAGAAGGCAUUUGACGAAGCUAUAGAUGAACUAAACGAUAACCGAGAAAGUACUUUUAAGGACUCGACGCUGAUCAUGCAGCUUUUACGCGAUAACCUAACCCUGUGGACAGCUGAACAAGAUGAAGAUGAUGAUGCUCUUGUUCAAGAUGUUGAUGGAUAAAAGAAUAAAGCAACUGAAAAUGAAUCGGGUUGCUUAGUGGCUGUAAUUUCUCAAUCAGUCAACUUUCAGUAUAUCAUCAUCGGUACUGUUUUUGUCAGUUUGUCUUAUCGUUAUCUCUUGUGAUGUAAUGAUGGAGUCAUCUUGAUAGCAGACACAAACUAACAUUAUACAUAUAGGGAUCAAUAUUUAUUUUGCUUUGUUAUGCUAAUUUAAUUUGUAUUUUUUUUAUUCAAUAGAAUUUUAUAUUAACUACGUCUAUCUCCCUUAUUUAAAUUGGUUAAAAAAAAACGCUGCAUUGGAAAGUGUGUAUUUACAGUUUACUUUGCCAUUCCACAAAUAUUCCCUAUUUUCGUGAGAUGCACACAAAAAAGCCUACAUAUCUACCAAAUUGUGCCAUGUAACCUAGUAAGUGUACAAUGGAGCUCGGUGUGCAUACUAACUAUUCGAACAAUUUGUAGCAGCGGUAACGUUUUGACCUCUCAUCCAUAAAAGGUCGUGGGUUCGAAAUCCUGCACUCUCUAUUUUGUGUUUUGUGCAUUUUAUCUGUGUUUGUCUCUCUCUACCCAAAAUGUAUUAAAACCAAUAGAAUGCAGAUUUUCUAUGUUGAAUGUACUUGGUGUAUACUGAAUGGUAAUGCGUUACUAGGAACCCUCACCAAAAAGCGAAUGCAUGACGCAUUAUUGUGUAUGAUUUUUACUAUUCCCAAUGAGCAGGUGACACUUGGAGAUGUUUAGUGGAAAGCCCUACUUGAUAUAUUGCACCCCAAUAGAUUAUGCGUACCUACAAAAUGUCGGAUACCACCCCUAGUCUGCAAAUGUUACUCGAUGUAGUGAACGACAAAGAAAAUAUACUGUUUAGAAGUAAAGCCGGGCCCUCACUGUGCCCAACGGCCGUUGGCCAACUCAAUUCUAUGGAGAAUGCAAUGCCACGACGCACACAUAAUGGAUCUUUUUUAAUGACGAUCCGUUCAGACUGCCACCAACAUACACCAGACGGUGUCGCACCGUCUAACGCUCACAGGGAGCGAGUUGAAUUUGCCUGUCGACGGUCGUCGUAUGCUGCAGUGAGUACCCGGUUAAAUACGGUCUACCUGUAGCUUUAUUAUUAUUAUUAAUUAGUAUGUAACUUAGAGUAAAUAAUUCAUUACGGCGUAUAUAAUCUAUUUGCUUCUGCAUUUUUUUUUUCGGGCAGCACUUCUGGCUACCUAUUUACACUAUCAAGUAUUCUGUAGUAGAUAUCUGUGAUUUGCCUAUAUGUGGGCAUGAUGUUGCCAUAUCACACCCAUAAGUUCAUGAUGAUGUAAUAUGACAUCCUUAUAUGGGCAUAUCAAAAGUAUUUCCCGCAUAACAUUUGAUAGUGUAAUUAGAGUUUAACAGAUCAAUAUUUAUACGACAUCAGUAUGAAAAUACUGUGCCAAGUUUAUUAUAGUAUUAUUGGGUAUUUACUAAAGCACAGUGCAAAAAAAAAAAGUUUUUGCUAUAGUUAAGCAUGAAUGUGUUAUUGGAAUAUGAAAUUUGCCAGAUUUAAUAAUAAGCUUUCCAGCCUAAUUCUUUUCCUUUUUAUAAAAAAUACUGAAUUCAAUUACAGUAUAGUGAAAGUGAUUUUUAUGCAUUUAUAAAUUUUUAAUUAUUUUAUCAGAAUAUAUAAAUUACCAUCAAAGUAUGAAUAUCUGAAAUUGUUUAAAACCAAAGGAUCCACUGAUUAUUCGCAAAUAGAAUACUAGUAUGGUGAUUCUGAAAAAUGACAGACAUGAGGCCAUAA